AAAUGACUACCCCAAACAAGACGCCACCUGGUGCUGAUCCAAAGCAGUUAGAGAGGACUGGUACUGUUAGAGAAAUAGGCUCACAAGCAGUUUGGUCUCUCUCAUCCUGUAAGCCAGGAUUUGGAGUGGAUCAGUUACGAGAUGAUAAUCUAGAAACUUACUGGCAGUCAGAUGGAUCACAGCCUCAUUUGGUGAACAUCCAAUUUAGAAGAAAAACAACAGUGAAGACUUUAUGUAUUUAUGCAGACUACAAAUCUGAUGAAAGUUAUACUCCAAGCAAAAUCUCUGUCAGAGUAGGAAAUAAUUUUCAUAAUCUCCAGGAAAUCCGGCAACUUGAAUUAGUGGAACCAAGCGGCUGGAUUCAUGUUCCUUUAACAGAUACUCAUAAGAAGCCUAUUCGCACGUUUAUGAUUCAGAUUGCUGUUCUAGCUAAUCACCAAAAUGGAAGAGACACUCACAUGAGACAAAUCAAAGUGUACACCCCAGUGGAAGAGAGCUCUAUUGUUAGUUUCCAACACCUCCUCGUUUACAAGGGUGUGAAUAAUCUGCAUUUAUGUGCACUGCCAGUAAUGUUCAUAAGCUGGCAGAUAGGUGAUACUAACUCACAGGGUUGUUCUUGAAUGCAUCACUUCUGUUAUGCUCUUACCCCCUCCACUGUGCCAACAGCUGAGAGAGCUGUGAGUUUUCCCUACACUCACAUCUUUCUGGCUCAUUGUCAGUCAAGCUAUGCCAACUGCACCAGCCAGUAAAAGCAUAUAGGAAAAAUAAAUUUGUCAUAGGAAAAGUACAGAGAAGUGAUUACUUUCAUGCAAGACUACACUGAAGGCACUGUUAGGCUAUACUUCACUAGUGCAGAAAAAAUAGCUUUCAAAAUCAGGGGGUUUGUCAGUGAUAGUGUCCUUGAGGACACUUCCACUCAAAGAGUUAGGACCAAAACAUGGGGUAUUUUUAAACUGCUGUAAUGUAAACAUUUUUAGUAAUUCUAGGAGUAGAUGAGACAACAAGAUAUCAUUGUAUUGUACCAUUCUCAAAGAAUUCUAUGCGAAUAAUGGCAAAGGGAUGUGCUAGCUGGUACGCAAGAGAUUUAGGUAAUAAUUAUCUUUGAUGAACUGCAC